AUGAAAACGAACGGUGUAGAAAACGAGCCAUUAACCGAAUUAAUUUACGAUGGAUACAAUGGUAGUAGCAGCGAAUCCCUUCUUCCCACAAAUUACAAUUAUCCAGAAUAUGGUUCACAAUCGUCAGAAUCAUCCGAAGAUGGAAAACACGUACGAUUUUAUACAAAGACUACACAAAAACAAGAUAAAACUGGUAGAAAUUUGUCGAACGAAACGGAAAUAUUAUUACCGGAAAGCACAGAACAAAAAUCCGUCGUUUUAGUAUCGGAUUCAUCCGGUUACGUACCCGUCAAUCAUUAUCAUCAUCCUAGAGUACCUUCCGAUUAUCAUAUCGAUUACUGGGAUAGAGAGAGUAGAAAACAUAAACAUAAUUUCACAAGAGUACAACAUAUCGAAGCCGAAUGUCAAGAUGAUUACAUGAAAAUAAGAGUCGGAUUUAACGGAUCAUUCACGGGUUUGUUGUACAGUUCAGGGUAUAGCUACGACCCUGAUUGCAUUUACAUUAACGGCACUGGUAGAGAUUAUUAUGAAUUUUACAUACAAUUGAACAGAUGUGGAACUUUGGGUAAAAAUGCAAAAGCAGAAGAAAGUAGAAAAUCAUCUUCCAUAGCCAAAAAUUUUAUGUGGAACACGAUAACCGUUCAAUAUAAUCCUUUGAUCGAAGAAGAAUGGGAUGAACAUUUUAAAGUCACUUGCGAAUACGGUUAUGAUUUUUGGAAAACUGUCACGUUUCCGUUUUUAGACGUCGAGGUUGCCACGGGGAAUCCGGUCGUGUUUACUCUGAGCCCUCCGGAAUGUUACAUGGAGAUAAGAUAUGGAUAUGGAACGUCAGGUACAAGAGUUACAGGACCGGUAAGAGUCGGUGAUCCUCUUACUCUGAUUAUUUACAUGAGAAGUAAAUUUGAUGGUUUUGACAUUGUUGUCAAUGAUUGUUUUGCCCAUAAUGGAGCUACAAAAAAAAUUCAAUUAAUUGAUCAAUACGGUUGUCCCGUCGACGAAAAAUUAAUAAGCCGAUUCAGAGGUUCCUGGAGCGAAUCUGGAAUAUUCGAAACGCAAGUUUUUGCAUACAUGAAAACGUUUCGUUUCACCGGAAGUCCGGCACUUUACAUCGAAUGCGAUGUUAGAAUGUGCCACGGAAGAUGUCCGAGUCAACCCUGUCACUGGAGAAAUACGAAAAGUCUUAAAAAAAGAGACACGGGAAUCGAAGAUGGGAACAACAACGAAACAAAUUUUGGUCUAUCGAACAACAUAAAUUUAUUUCAAUCUUUGAGAGUUUUACAAGAGGGAGAAUCUCCGAGUGAUAAUAAUUUACAACAAAAUUCAACACUCGGAAAUUUGAUUUGUUUAAAACAUGGAGCUUUUUCAACAAUCAUAGGCUCGUCAAUUAACAACAAACAACACAAUGCCUAA